AUGCUGCGAGCACGAUUCCAAGCAUCCGCCAGACCUCUUUUGCGUGCUCCUAGAGCCCAGCGUAUCCUCAAGCCGUUCCCAACUGCCGUGCUACAAACCCGUCUGUCAUCGGCGCACGCAGAAGAGACGUUUGAGCAGUUUACAGACCGCUACGUUGCCUUUUUCGGUGGUGUCCAGGACAUUUUCGAGCUUCAGCGUGGCCUCAACAACGCUUUUGCCUACGAUUUGGUGCCAGCCCCCAAAGUUAUCGAAGCCGCAUUGCGCGCUGCUCGACGGGUCAACGACUUUUCCACUGCCGUCAGAAUUUUUGAGGGUAUUCGGCAAAAGGUGGAGAACAAUGGGCAGUACGAAGAAUACCUCAAAGAGCUCAAGCCCGUCAGAGACGAGCUCGGCAUCUCGACAAAAGAGGAACUGUGGGCGUAA